AUGAUUUACAGAGAUUUGUAUAAAGACGAGCAUACUGUCGACAUGUUUAGCUAUGGCACUGUAAAUGAUACUAAUAGUAAAUGCCUUCAGAUUGGGCCCAUUUGGAAAGGCUUCAGGAAACCUCUGGCAAUGAUAACUCAAUCUGUACAAAAAAACGAGGAUGUUACGAGUUCCAUAAUCGGUGACUUCGGAAGAUGGCAACUGAAAAUCAGUAUAUUAAUGGCGCUCUUAAAAUUACCUAUAGCUUGGUAUCAAUUAAACAUAAUAUUUAUGGCGCCACCUCAAAAUUUCUGGUGCUCCAAACCACUGCCUUUUUCUAAAUAUAGUGAUGAAGAAUGGAGAAGACUCAGUGUGCCACAUGUAGAAGAACACCCUUGUUUAAUAUUUGAUCCAGACUUAUUAGCAAUUGAUCCAUUUAUGGAUAAAACUCUGAUACCUCUAGUACCUUGUAAAAAAUUUGUAUAUGAUACAAGUGUGUUUAAACGUACCAUAACAUCUGAUUGGAAUUUGGUGUGCUCAAAACACUGGCUUACUCAUAUGUGUCAAUGCGUGAUGAUGUGGGGUAUUGUGUUAGGAGGUAUAGUAUUCGGGAUUUGGGCUGACAAAUACGGUCGACAAUUGCCUCUUAUGAUCGGAAUAGUAAUACAGGGUGUCAGUAGUUCUAUUGCCAGUAUAAUGCCAUGGUACUCAAUAUUUCUGAUCAACUGGUUUAUUUUAGCGUUAGCAUCUGGUGGUGUCGGAAUUAUAUCUUUUGUUAUAAGUAUGGAGGUAGUAAGUGGCAAGUGGCGAACUAUAAUACCAGUGAUUUAUCAAUUGCCUUUUGGUAUUGGAAAUGCAAUAAUGGCAGGUCUAGCUUACUGGCUGAGAGACUGGAGGAAACUUGAAUUCGCAUUGGGAGCACUUUCCUCAUUAUUCAUAUUCUACUGGUUUUGGGUCCCAGAAUCUCCAAGGUGGUUGUUGGCAACAGGUCAAACAGAAAAAGCUGCCGUAAUUUUAAAGAAGAUCACUAGAGAAAACAAAAUGCAAGUCAGUUCAAAAUAUAUUAAAAGACUCAUAAAUGAGCAUCAGCCACGAACGCAACAGGAUCCAGGAUUUUUAGCUUUUUUGACAUCCAAGAGGAUGAGACUCAAAACUGUCUUACUUUCAAUGAAUUGGUUUUGUACGGGUUUAGCUUUUUACACUUUUUCACAAUAUUUGGGUUCCAUAGGAGGAAAUAUUUUUAUCGCAGUCUCGGUUACUGGAAUCAUUUCAACAAUUGGAGGAGUGACAUGCAUUUUCAUAAUAACCCGAGUCGGAAGAAAGACGACUGUUGGAAUAUACCAGAUAGUUACAGCCUCAUGCUUCGUAUUUAUAUUGUUGAUGCCAAGAGGCAGUUAUGCAAACGACUGGCCGAGGCUAUUGUUCGCGGGAAUAGGUUUUGCAGGAAUGGCGGGCACUAUACCAGCGCUAUAUUUGUUUUCUGGAGAGUUGUUCCCAACACUGGGAAGGAACGUUGGAGUUAGUGGAGUGACGACAUUUGCUCGCAUCGCGUCUAUGGUUGCACCUGCAGUGGUUACCUUGGAAAGUCUCUUAGUAGAUCUUCCCCUUAUCAUAUUAACUAUCAUUUCUUUCGCACAAAUAUUAAUGGUGCUACCCUUACCUGAAACUAAAGAUGCUCCAUUGCCUGACACUUUAGAGCAAGCAGAACAAUUUUGA